CAACACUUUGACUUCACUUGUUUCGUCAGGUGACAGCACUUGCGAGAGGAGGUUAAUCUCCGCAGUAGAUGUAUCUGUGCCAGAGUUAACACGGGCGUGUCGCCUCCGAAUGAGACGGGUCCAAACCCCGAUGCAAGCGAAGUGUUGCUGCUGCUUCGAGGAGAAAGUCGCCGCUGUAGUGUUGGAGGAGCUCUUCACAGAAAGGCCCGCCCGCUACUGUGCAUCACAGACUGUACACAGAUGUGUGAGGAUCCUCUGAAACAGUUGAAAGAUCUGACGCAGCUCAAAAGUCAGCUGGAGGAGAUCCAGAGGCGAGUGGAGAACGAGGUGUCUGUCGGAAUCCCUCAGGGAGGCUCUCUGUUAGGAUCUCCAUUUCUGAAGGGCUUCCUGGCCGGAUAUGUGGUGGCCAAGCUACGCUCUUCUGCCGUCCUCGGAGUUCUGCUGGGAACAAUAACUGGCAUGUUUGUGGCACAGAACUAUCAAGUGCCCAACAUUGAAAAGACUGUGAAAGAGUAUCUGAACAACGCGAGGAAAGGACCUUAGUGAUUUGGUCUGACAGCUCGCCCUCAUGGUCUUUUACCUGUGGCAUAAAAGACACAAAAGGAAAUAGCAUUGGAGCAGUUCGUCAGUGGCUUGUGACAGAUCAGCCUUCAAGGUUUCUCGAUAUAACUGGAUUUUCAUUUGGGACUGAACGUUAAAGACUGGAUUUUCUUUCUCAAUUAGUUAUUUUGUUUCAUGUUCAUUUAUGUACUUCUCUCUUUCAUUUUCACUUUUCACAAAAUGUAAGACUUUGUACUACAAUGUCUCAAGGUUUGGUCCAGUAACACUUAACAACAAAUAACUUGUCUUUAGUAUGGUUGCCCGGAGCAACUGUCUUAGCCCAUUGCAUUUUGAAUCAGUCAUUUUAAAAUAGCCAGUGAUUCCUGCAAAUAUUUCCUACUCCUUUUUAAUGUUCAGCUGAAGUUACAUAUACAAAGUUAUACAGAGAGUGGUGUGUCUAAGUAAAUUAUAAUUGACAUUUAAAUGGUUGCGAUUUAAAGAUGUCCAUUUAAAAAAAUGCAAGGGUUUGCACUAAAGUUAG